AUGCACGGUCCACAUGAACUUCCCAUUGCCCCUACUAAUUUGCACCCCAUGGUUACUAGAGCUAAAUCGGGCAUUCACAAGCCCCGUUUAUUUUUCAGUGUGGCUGUAGGUACCCCGGUUGAACCAUCCACUUUUCGUGAAGCUAGUGCCGAUCCCCGCUGGAAUGCCGCUAUGAGUACCGAGAUUAAUGCCUUAAAGUCACAAGGCACUUGGUCUCCGCGAGCCUGGUUUCUCAAGUUAAGCACGACUAUUCUUGACUUGGGUUUUGUUGCUUCACAGGCCGAUGCUUCUCUUUUCAUUUACAGGUCCAAAACUGUCGUGGUUCUACUUCUCAUCUACGUUGAUGACAUUAUACUUACUGGUUCAUCUGAUUCUGUUAUUGCUGAGUUAUUGUCCUUUCUAAACACAAAGUUUGCAGUUAAGGACCUCGGGCCUCUCCACUUUUUCCUCGGUAUUCAGGUACAUCGUUCCACUGCUGGCCUUCAUUUAUCACAGACUAAAUAUAUUCGGGACCUCCUCACAAAAACCCAGCUACUUGAUUCCAAACCCGUGGCAACCCCGAUGGCUCUGUCCUCUUUGUCUCUGUAUGAUGGGGAGUUACUCACGGACCCAACACCGUAUCAUAGUCUUGUUGGUGCUUUGCAGUAUUGCACUAUAACCCGCCCAGAUAUAUCUUUCACAGUGAACAAGCUUUGUCAGUUUCUACAUGCUCCCACAAGUGUCCAUUAUCAAGCGGCAAAGCGGGUUCUUCGCUAUCUCAAAGGUACGGCACACCUCGGUACACUCAUUCAACCCGAUACAACUCAUGAACUUCACUGUUUUACCGAUGCUGAUUGGGCCUCUUGCCCCGAUGAUCAUCGAAGUACAAGCGCCUACUGUGUUUUCUUAGGUCUUAAUCUCAUCUCGUGGUCAUCCGCAAAACAGAAAGUAGUCUCCCGUUCGAGUACCGAGUCGGAAUACCGUGCCUUAGCCAAUGGAGCAUCUGAAAUAUCUUGGCUUCAAUCUUUACUUGCCGAACUUGGUUUUCCUCUUUGGGUUCCCCCUAUGCUUCACUGUGAUAAUAUGAGAACCCUCCAUCUUGCUUCGAAUCCUGUUCUCCACGCUCGAACCAAACAUGUCGAAAUCGACUAUCACUUUGUUCGCGAGAGAGUCAAAAGCGGUCAUCUUCAGCUCUGUUUCACACCAUCAGAUAACCAAGUUGCUGACUGCCUCACGAAGCCUCUAGUUGCUUCUCGAUUUCAAGAGUUACGCACCAAACUCACGGUUCUUCCCAGCCCCGUGUGUUUGCGGGGGGUUGUUAAACAAUAG